AUUAUAAAAUCAAUAUCUAACGCGGAAUAUAUAGUGUUAAAUAUGUUUUGCUGCUGGGUGGAGGGUGAGCUUCCCGUCGGCCACCCCUGGAUCCGAUGAAGAUAAACCUACAUUUAAUCCUCUGGCUUUCCGGCUUAUAAAGAAAUGUAAGGGCACGGAUACACAUAGUGUUUAGCUGGACACUAUAAAGGUUAAACCACAGAAUCGCAUUAAUUUUCAUCUUGUCUUUUUCCUUGUUUUUUUAUUUUAUUAUUUUUAUUUUUAUAGAAUUUGAAUGACAUUCAGUACCUAUAGCUAAGGAAGCACCAAUGCUGCAUACUGUGCUCGUGCUGAAAGAAAGAAUUAACGCAUACUCCAGGGUGCAUCAGUUCAACCGCAAAACAUCUUUUAUUCCGAAAGGGGUGUUUUUCUCCCGAGGAGGAAACAUCUUCUAUUCACUAAUCACCUUCGCUGGCUGACUAGGAAGUUCUUUUGUUCUCCUGCGGUUAGCCAGCUAGAAAUAUGAUAAAACCCACGUGACCAGAAUGAAGUUGAACGAGAUCACACGUGCUGAGUGGGGCUUAGGUCUCCACUGAUUGGUCCGCCCUAACCAAGCCGAUUAGUGAGCAAAACAUUAGCGUCCGACUUGAGCUUCGCUCGUGCCUCCUGUUCAGAAAUCCAUUUCAUACGGCCAUUCCAGUCACUGGGUGAAUUUUUGGCCUGUUCGAAGGAAUUUCCCUCUUGCCUGUCCCCUGGAAUCUAGCUGUCAGCUUAUUAACCGAGAAUGCAAUGUUUCUUGAUGUGACCAGAGGAUGAUUUUAUAAUUUGUUAAUUGUGGAUAUUAUAACAUGAACGCUGCUCCGAUCGUACGUGCAUACGACACGGCCGUGUCGCAACAAAGUAGUGGACAAAGUAGUAGAACCAUUCAGACUCAAUCAAGUUGCGAAUCGUUGAUGGACGAAAGAGUUAGCACGUCCCGUAAGAGAAAGAAACAGCUUACGUCCCAUCGACUGGUCGAGAAAAGGCGGCGCGAUCGAAUCAACAAAAGCUUACACGAGCUACGAGACAUCAUCCCAAAGCUAACCCGAACAACACAGACUUUCAAAAACGACAAAGUGGAGCUAUUACAGGCUACGAUUGAUUACCUCAAUGAGAACAAAUCUACAAAAGUAGCGAGCCAAGCUGAGACAGGAAUCCAACACGUACAAGAUAACGUUAGCAUGUACGCCAAGUGUCCAGAGGUUAGCAAGGAACAAACCGAUACUGUCAGCCGAACAGAUGGCUUCCGAGCUUGUAUGAAAGAGACAAUCAGAUAUCUUAUCGAAAAUGAGGGCUUCCCGCCUGAACAUCCAGUAAUCUUACGGCUGAGGACACAUUUACAGCAGCGUUUAGAACUCUGCGGACAAGAGAGUUGUGUGUCGUCGCAGAUUACUGAUCACUCGGUUUGGUCUUCUAGAACGAUACCUACGAUACCCCAAGGAAGUCCAGCCAUACCGACUGGUGUAGUUGAUACCAGUGCGAACACCCUCUCCAAAAUUAUGAAACCUUUGACUAUUGACACACGUUAUCAAUAUGCGAUUCCAGAAUCAAUCAGCCAGCACCUCACACAGGAAUCACAAAAUAGUAAUGGCGCCCUCAAUCGGUGCUUGUUAUCAAAUAACAGUCUGCUGGCUGUGGUUCCAGAAAACACCAGUUUUAUGAACAAUAAUGUACAAUGUAAUUUACAAGCCAGUCAACCACCUUCGACAAUAUAUCAACAGCAAAUGCACGCAUCAAAUUGUGCAACAUUAACAAAUGCAGGCUUCAACUUAAACUAUGUGGCACCAUACGUUAUGGCGUGGGUCCGGCCGCAGCAACCAAAUAUGAGCACAUGAAGAUUUGAAAUAAUUCCCUUGGCAACUAAAAGUUUAAAGGUUGAUCUACCACCAGUAAAUACAUAUUUGUAUUAAUUAAAGCCAGGCUCCAGAGGAAAACAAAUUUUUAUAUGUUGUAAAAAUGAUUUUUCUAAGACACUGAAGAGGUGUAAUAAUCUGGAAUAGCUAAUAAGAUACAGAUUUUGGAAUAUUUUUGAACAACCUUUAAAAGUUUAAAGGUUGUUCUACCAGAGUAAAUUAAAAUUUGCAUUUAUCAGGGGUGGAUUUAGGGGGCCGGCCUCCCCUUUUGGGAGGUAAAAAAAAAAAAGGGAAAAAAAGAGAAAAAAAAAUGAUAGCCCAGAACGCCUCAAGUAUUAUUUUCAGGCGUCUAGAACAUAAAAAUUUUGCAGGACCCCCUGGAUAUUGUUGUCUCAAUCGGCCCAACUUUUGGGCCCUCCCCCACCUUUUGGACAUCUCCGGAUCCGCCCCUGUUAAUUACAAAAUUUAAGGUUAAACCAUGUUUAAUGAGAGAGGGUACUAUGGUAUAUAGCUUCUUUUAUUUUAAACUAUUGCAUUCCAGAUAAAAACAGCAUUCCGGUGUAAGUAUAUAGAUUUAAACUGUACCUUCAUAGUAAAGUCUUAAACUUUUCCCUUGAUAGGCAAAACUUGACAGCCACCAGACACAUUUUCCCAUCUACUUAAAUAUUUAUACAAACAGUAAAUACAGUAAUAAUUAUUUUUGAUCAUACAGUAAUAAUAAUUAUUAAUUCUUUUCAGUAAAAUAUUAAACAAUUACAGUGUGCUGAAAUAACCCAUCACCUGAAGUUAUUUUCUUUAUAAUAAUUAGCUUCAAGAAUAUUUUUUUUAUAUAGAAAUGUUCUCAGUAUAGAAAUUUUCUCAGUUGGUAUGAAUUGUUGGUUUAAAAUUGCUUAACUAAUUUAUAUUUCUAAAAUGUUUUGUAAUUAUUUUUUUAAUUAAAUCUAAUUUGAUUAUACAUUGCCCAAUGUGAAACAGAAAUAGCAAUGGUCAUAAUUUUUGUUAACAAUUAAUGGGUGUUGAAAAUUUAUAAGCUUGAAAGACUGGUGCUAAGUCUACUUUUCCAGCUUAGAUUGGGAUACAGUAUGUAAAAAUGAUUCUGGAAUUUGAUGGGAUUCAAACCUAAUCCUUUAACUGAAAGGCAAGGUCCUUUACCAUAAAAUCACAAUAUUAUUAAGUGAUAAUAAUGUAUGAUGGCAAUGUUGUGUUGGUAACAUCAGAGUAAUUUCAACACACAGUAUUAUAUAUAUAUGUAUAUUUAAAUCACAGUGAAAAUCCAUUUUCAGUUGAAACUAUAAAUAUUGAAUAAAUACUCAGAAUUAUGCAGCAGGUA